UGGUCAAGUGGCUCCAGGCCAUCCAGUGGCGCGAGAGCAACGACAUGGACGCCGUCCGGGACCGGGUCGCGGGCGUCUGCCGGCGCGGCGGGUCGUCGCCGGCCGCGCUGUUCCCGCACCACGACGAGGUGUACCAGAAGUUGAUCAAGGUGAGCCCCUGCGCGCUCAAGACCGAGCGAGGCGCCCCCGUGUCCGUCUGGCGCAUGCAGUCCGCAAACGACUCGCGUGCCGCCUCCGUGCCCGACCAGAAGGUCCGCGAGUGGAGCGGCUCGGUCUUCGAGUACCUCGACUGGUGGGUCCACGAGGACAGCCAGCACCGCGGGCGCCUGGUAGGCUACGUGGAGGUCUACGAUUUCAAGGGCGUGAGCCUGCGGCAGGUCAUGUCAGGUGACCUUCGCGCCAAGGUGGAGCCCGUCCUGCGGCCAAAGAGCUACUACGCUGGCGUCUGCCAGCGCGUCUACAUCAUGCGAAGGGCCAGCGCCGGCCGACGGGCAUCAUCGAGAUAGACAGCGGCAUACCCGACGCG